AGCGCCGCCAUGGCUCUGCAGACCGAGGUCCUGGACGAGCUGCCCGUCGCCUGCUUGUCACCGUGCGGGCCGCCCAACCCAACCGAACUGUUCAGCGAGGCGCGGCGCCUGGCGCUGGAAGAGCUAGUGGCGCGCGGCCCCGAUGCCUUCGCGGCCUUCCUGCGGCGCGAGCGCCUGGGCCGCUUCCUGAACCCGGACGAGGUGCACGACGUGCUGUGCUCGGCCGAACGCCCAGGCGAGGAGGGCGCGGCGGCGGCGGCGGCCGAGGACUCGUUCGGCUCGUCGCACGACUGCUCGUCGGGCACCUACUUCCCCGAGCAGUCGGACCUGGAGCCACCGCUGCUGGAGCUCGGCUGGCCGGCCUUCUACCAGGGCGCCUACCGCGGUGCCACGCGCGUCGAGGCGCACUUCCAGCCCCGCGGCGCGGGCGCCGGCGGCCCCUACGGCUGCAAGGACGCCCUGCGCCAGCAGCUCCGCUCCGCACGCGAGGUGAUUGCCGUAGUAAUGGAUGUUUUCACAGACAUUGACAUCUUCAGAGAUCUGCAGGAAAUAUGUAGGAAACAGGGCGUGGCUGUAUACAUCCUUCUGGACCAGGCUCUGCUCUCCCACUUUUUGGACAUGUGCAUGGAUCUGAAAGUGCAUCCUGAACAGGAGAAGCUGAUGACAGUGCGGACUAUUACAGGAAAUAUCUACUAUGCAAGGUCCGGAACAAAAAUUGUUGGGAAGGUUCAUGAAAAGUUCACUCUGAUUGAUGGCAUUCGAGUUGCAACAGGCUCCUACAGUUUUACCUGGUCAGAUGGCAAAUUAAACAGCAGUAACUUGGUAAUUCUGUCUGGCCAAGUGGUUGAACACUUUGACCUGGAGUUCCGGAUCUUGUACGCCCAGUCGAAGCCCAUCAGCUCCAAACUCCUGUCCAGUUUCCGGAUCAGCGGCAAGUUUGACCAUCUCGUUGACUGGAAGCCACAGUCCAAGGAGCUCACGCUGGGCAACCUGCUACGCAUGCGGCUGGCCAGACUGUCCAGUACGCCCAAGAAGACCCACCCCAGCCUGGAGGCACCUGUGGAAGGCAAGGGCGGGACUAAGCGCCAUGACUCCGAGUCCUCCACCAUCAGUGAGGAGGACUACUUCCACAGCCACAAGGACGAACUGGAGGACAACAAGGCCGUGAAUGUCGCCACCCAAACAGAGUCAGGAGAGGAGCCAGCUGUAGUGAGUGUGAGCGAGGCGGGAACGCAAACCAGCUCCAGCACCACCUGUGCCGGGACCCAAACUGCAGUCUCCACCCGGGCAGCAAGCUCCCAGACCAUGGUGUGGUCCAGGGCCACCACCACGCAGACUGACCCGGAGGAGAUCGGGCUCCUUUCUCAGGGAACUCAGUCUAAAGAAGGAUCACCUGUGUCAAAGAUGUCUGUGUCAAGGUCUUCCAGUUUGAAGUCAUCCUCCUCUUUGUCUUCCCAGGGCUCUGUGGCCAGCUCUGUUGGCUCCCAUACUUCUCUGAGAGCCACUGACCUCCACAAUCCUGGAUACCCCAAGUACCUGGGCAUCCCCCAGCUGGAUCUGUGCCUGAGGGACUCAUUCAGAAACUUGAAUCAAGAGCGACAGUUUCUCUUCACUGGCAUCAGGUCCCGACUCAAUCACAUGCUGACCAUGCUGUCUAAGAGGACAGUCUUUACCGAAAACUAUCUUAGCUUUAGUCCUGGGAAUUAUACCAGAGCAUCAGUGAACCUGGUUGCUAUUAGAGACAUACCACUGUACCCUUCCUAUCAGUGA